UAUUUUUUGAGUUUUGUUUUUUGACACACAUGUCAAAAUAUUGUCAAUGUUGGUGUUAAAACUGGUGUAAAAAUGCCUGUCCCGCCCGAAAUCCAGUGUCAUGAACGCGUUUCAUGUCGUUGUGAUUUUCCUAAUGGUCCGAGCGCUAAGUAGUCAGACCGUGACGUGCAAAAGUCCGAUCUUCUGCCAGGGGGAUUUGCUGCGCGUGGUCCAAAUGGCCGGGAUCUUCAAGGACUCGAAAACGUUCGUUGAUAUGAGUCUGGUCAGGACGAUGGAAAAGACGCUCAAAAAUUUCGAGAUUAUGAUGACCAGAACCGGGGGAAGUCCGAACAAGAACGAUGUUGUUGAGUUCAUCCAGAAGAACUUCCAAGCGUCGCAUAAUGAGCUGGACAACUGGUACCCGACCGACUACCAGGUGAACCCGCCCUUUUUGCGCAAAAUCAAGGAUGUGAGGAUUAGGGCGAUCGCGAAGAAAUUGCUGGACAUUUGGCCGAAUCUGGGUCGGAAGAUCAAGCCCGAAGUGAUGCAGAACCCCUUCAAGUACUCCAUCAUCCCGGUGCCCAAUGGGUUUAUCGUGCCUGGGGGGCGGUUCCGGGAAAUCUACUACUGGGACUCGUACUGGAUCAUGAAGGGGUUGCUGAUUUGCGAUAUGAAACACACCGUGAAGGGGAUGAUUGAUAAUUUCUUCCGGAUUAUUGACAUGUAUGGGUUUAUCCCGAACGGGGGGAGAAUCUACUACUUGGACCGGUCGCAACCGCCACUUUUAACACUCAUGGUGGCCGACUUUUUGGAGGUUUCGAAGGAAGUGUUGUGGUUAAGGAACAAUAUGAAAUAUUUGGAGAAGGAACUAAUGUAUUGGUUGACUAUGAAGACGGUCCAGGUGGAAAAACACGGGCAGAAGUAUCGGUUGGCUCGGUACCGCUCCAGUGAUAAUACGCCACGUCCUGAGUCCUACAUCGAGGACAUACACACAGCCUCCAGGUACCGCACCGAAGACGAGAAGCGCCAGUGCUACCAAAACAUCCGAACGGGGGCCGAGACCGGCUGGGACUUCUCCGGCCGUUGGUUCUUCGACCACCAGGGCGGCAACCGCGCCGACUUGAGCACAAUCAACCCCACUCGCGUCAUCCCCGUGGACUUGAACGCGUUUCUAUGCCGCUGCUUCAAAAUCAUGCACGAGUUCUACAAGAAAUUCCGCAACCACGAACGGGCUGCCUUCUGGCUGCAGAAGUACAAUGAGUGGCUGAAAGCCAUCAGAGACGUGCUGUACAACGUGGAGGACGGCAUCUGGUACGAUUACGAUAUCGAGCUCAGAGUCCAAAGAAAACAUUUCUAUCCCAGCAACUUUGCGCCGCUCUGGACUGAGUGUUACGACACCAGCAUCAGGCAAAGUUACGGGAAAAACGCCACCAAUUAUCUGGUCCAGAAGGGGAUUCUCAACUACGAAGGGGGGAUUCCCACGUCCCUGUUUGAGACAGGGGAACAGUGGGACAUGCCAAAUGCGUGGGCCCCCACACAGGCAAUUGUGAUUUUUGGGCUGGAUAAGAGCCAGGAUCCUGGAGCGAAGAAGGUGGCCCAGGACUUGGCGUUUCGCUGGAUUGAUUCGUUGGUUAAAGUGGCAGAAGACACCCAUGAGAUGUUCGAGAAGUACAACGCCAUGUUCAAGGGGAUGUAUGGGGGUGGGGGCGAGUAUGAGGUCCAGACGGGGUUUGGGUGGACUAAUGGGGUCAUGUUGGAGCUUAUUGAGCACUAUUAUAUUAAGAACAAAGGGGCGAACACCACAGAGACGUAAUAAAUUUCGUUUAGUUGGUA